AUGCGCGCGUCCCAGGGCCGUGCGGCCGGCUGCGCGGGCGCCGCGGCGGCGCGCUGCGGCUGCGGAGUCAAGUUGAAUCACAGCACCGCACCGAGCUCCCUGGCGCAGAUGAGGUCGCGCACGUCGCGCCGGGCGAACACGAGGCCUUCCGCCGCUCGCGGGAAUGCGCGCAUCAACGCGUCUGGGCAGCCAGGCGCGGAGGAGCAGCGCGACGGUUCCUUCAUGUUCCGCUUCGACAGCGACCAAGCGCCGGCCCCGGCCGCUGCGCCCGACGAGGUCGCGGCGCGGGCCGCGCAGGAGCGCCGACUACAGAACGCCGUCGACGACGACGACUCGUACGACGCGGAGGAGGACGCCAGGGCCGCGGAGCGCACGCCUCUGGGCGCACCACGGCCCGAGGCGAUGACACGCAACGGCCAGGGGGUUCUGGCGGCGGACGGGCGCGCCGAGGCCGGGGAGCAGGGGCCAGCUACGUCGGGGGGCGCGCGGGAGGCGGAGCUGGGGGCACGGGGAGCGGAGGCCGUGGCAAUGGAGCCGCCGGCUGCGGGCCUGGGGUCGGGAGCUGCGGACGCGGCUGUGGAGGAUUUCGCGGUCGCUGAGCAGCGGCGCGGGCGCGGUGAGGCUGCUGGAGAGGGGAGGGGGCCGCGGCGCGAGGACGAGCUGCAGGGGGCGGUGCGCGGCGGGUCGGGGGAGCGAGAGGGUGCUGCUAAGGAGGGCGUUCCGGGGCGGCUGGGCGCGUCCGGUGCGGAUUCGACGGGCGCUGAGGGCAGGCCGGAGACCGAGGUCGACGGCGCGGCGGUCGUGGCGCAGAGCAGCGCGGCAGCGGGCGCCGGCGAGGACCUCGGAGGUGCUGCGGACGAUGACAGCGCGCUCCCGCCCGACUCCGCCACGCUCUUCUCCUCCGAGGACUUCGCGAGCGACGACGAGGACGACGUCGUUCCGGGGCCCGAGCCGUCCGCGCAGCCCGUCGCCUCCGCCGCGCUCUCCGGCUCGCGCACCCAGGGCACGGGCCGGUCCGGCAUCCGGCGCAUCGAGCAGCGCGACUCCCGCGACGCCAUCACGAGCGAGCUCACCAAGGCCUUCAACGCGUACGGCGAGCACGGCGAGCUCGCCAUGGCCCUCGAGCUCGUCCAGUCCCUCAAGAAGGAGAACCGCGUUGACGCCCUCCGGCGCCUGCGCCACAAGCCCUUCCUGCGCGCCGCCGCGCGCGCCAAGGACGUCAAGGCCGCGCGGGACUUCCUCCUCCUCAUGCCGAGCGAGCUCCUCGACGCCCGCACCUACAACAUGGCCCUCUCGGUGUGCGUCGCCGCCAAAGACCUCGACGCCGCGUCCAAGAUGGUCCGGAACAUGGCCGCCGAGGGCAUCAAGGCCGACGCGUACACGUACACGUCGCUCAUCACGUGCGCGGCCCGGUGCAUGGACACGGAGGCCGCGUUCCGGCUGUCGAUUGAAAUGAAGGAGCGGGGCGUGGCGCCGACGACCGAGGUCCGCACGGCGCUGAUCACGUGCUGCCUGCACGAGAUGGAGGUCGCGCGGGACCGCCGCCGCCGCCUCGUGCUCGUCCAGCGCGCCGAGACGUGUCUGCGCGAGGUGCUUGAGUCGGGCGCGAAGCCCGACCGAGUGCUCCUGAACGCGAUGGUCGCGCUGUACGCGCGCGCGGAGGACCCGGAGAAGGCGACGGAGAUGAUCGACCAGAUGCGCCGGCGCGGGGUCCGCCCCGACGCGGCCGCGUACAGCGCGCUGAUUGCGGCACACACGCGCGCGGGGCACCCCGAGAACGCGCUCGCGGCGUACGAGGCCGCGAUGGACGCCGGCGUGCGCGCGUCCGUCGCCGUGUACAGCGCCGCGGUCUCCGCGUGCCGCCGCCUCGACGACGGCCCGCGCGCCGUCGAGACCGUGCGCUCCAUCCUCGGAGAAAUGCACGCCAACUCCGUGCACGGCGACCAGCGCAUGUACCGCGUCGCGAUGGACGCGUGCGGCGCGGCGGGCGACGUGCGCGCCGCGCGGGACGUCCUGGCCGCGAUGAAGGAGGCCGGCGUCAAGCCGCGGGAGGACACGCGGGCCACCCUCAUGCAGGCCUACAUUUCGGCCGGGCACCUCCGGCAAGCGCUGCGCUCGGGCUGGAAGAUCCUGGAGCGGCGGCAGGGGCGCAAGAAGGCGGCGCCGCUGCACAUGCGGCCCUUCAACACGCUCCUGCGCGCCGAGGCGGAGCGCGGGCACCUGCGGAGCGUCGUGGACCUGGCUGUGGCGUGCGUCGAGGUGGGCGGCAAGCCGGACCGGUUCACGUUCGCCGCGGUGCUCACGGCGUGCAUGCGGGAGCGCGAGGCGGACCUCGGGAUCGACGUGUACCGCGCGAUGCGUGCGCGGGGCAUCGCGCCGGACGUCGCGUGCACGAGCAUCAUGCUGCGCACGUGCCUGAACCGCAUGCGCGGCGGGCAGUCGUCGGACCACCACGCCGGGUGGGACCCCGACGUCGGCGUGCGGCUGAUCGAGGCGCUGAGCGGCGGGAAGUCCCCCGAGGACUUGCUGGACUCCCCCGCCCUGCCGGGGGGACUCGACUCCCCGUCGUGGAGCACGCGCGCGCUCGCGCUGUACCGCGACGCCAUGCGGCACGGCCUCGUCCCGGACAUGCGCCUCCUCGAGCGCCUUCUCCCGUGCCUCACCGUCACGCACGCGACGGCGGCGUCGACCGAGGGCGAGCCCACGGAGGCGGGCAUCGACCUGCGCGCGCGGUCCGUCAUCGAGGACGCCGUCGUGCGCGGCCUCCUGCCCAGCUUCCCGUACGACUCGGGCUUCCACGAGGUCGACCUCCGGCGCGUCCCGCCGCACGUGGCCGCCGCGUACACGCUUUUCAUGUUCCAGGGCGUGCGGUCGGCGCGCGUGCUCGACGGGCCGUCCGGCGGCGUGGGCGGGCGCGGGCUCAUGGGCGGCGUGGGCGGCGGCGCGGGCCGCGUGCUCGCGCACUCGACGUUCGAGGUGACGAUCCGCACGCUGCCGUUUAACGAGGACGCAGUCGGGCUGCCGCUGGGCGCGAUGCGCGCGGCGAUGAGCGAGGUGGAGGACGAGGGGCAGGCGCUCGACGUCGACAGCAUGGACUCGAGCGACGAGGAGGAGGGGUUCGGGGAGGAGGAGUGGGAGGACUCCCCCAUCGCAGACGCGUCGGACUGGGCCGCGGGCGACUCCCCCGGGUACCUGUCCGGGCCGGAGAUCGAGAAGAUCGCGUCGACGAAGGGCAGCACGACGGGCCUCGCGGUCAUGAUGAUGCUGCGGAAGCUGCGCGUGUGGGGCGAGGCCGUGGCGCACGACGGCGUGGUGUUUGUGUCGCACGACGAGCUGCUCCGGUGGUGCCGGUCGUCCAGCCGGCGGAUGGCGAGCCAGGCGGCCAACAGCCGCCGGCAGCCGGGGAUGAUCGGCGCGAAUGGCGGGUUUGGCGCGCAGGGGGACCCCGCGGCGGCGUUGCGCGAUCAGACGCGCGACCUGCGGAACGCGGGCGGCGACAAGGCGCCGAACGCGGACCUGCGGAGCUACGGCAUCUUCUGA